AUGCAGCGAAUUGUUCAGUGCGGACUGGUGGUUGCCGCGCUCGUGAGCGGCAUCUCGGCCGUGGAACCGGUGCCCAAUUCCCAGCUUGCCGCCUACAUGGAUCGCCUCUCCAAGGCGAUGAUGACAAUGGACGACGACCGACCGCCCUUUUACGACGGCGCAAACCAGUUCGAGCCGACGUGCAUCCAAAACGUGGGCCAGUGCUUCACGACGGAGUUUUGGACGCGGCACUACCUGGCGCAAAUCGAAAACGUCACCAUCAUCCCGUCGGUGCACGUCGACGCCGAGCUCAUCAACCUGAAGGAUGAGGUAGGGACCAUCAAGUCGACGAAAUCCGUCGCCGUCGCCCGCGGCACGACCAAGGGCUGGACCAUCAGCGCCAAGGCCACCGUCUCGACGCUCUUCAGCGGCAAGGGAGGCUUCGCCGAGGUGUCGGGCACCUACAAGGACGAGACGACGGACCUCACGACGCAGACGCGAACGGUCGAGUACGCGUCCACCUGCGCCGCCGGCAGGACGUGCCGCAUCCAGACCGUCACCUUCCAGGCCGUCCUCCGCGGCGUCUGCCGGGGGGAGCCGUUCAUCUGGUGCAGCUCGGAGCGCAGGAUGUGCGACUCGGGGUUGCAGGACAGCUGCAGCCAAUACGGCGACUACUUCAAGAAGUCGUGCUCGUCGGGCGUUCCGCUGACCAGCGAUUGCGAGACGACGGUGCAGAUCCGAGACGGCAAGAAUGACCUCCUCAGCGUCGUCGUCCUCGAGUAG